AUGUCAUCUAAAAGGGACUCUUAUAGUGAAGACGAAGUACCAGAGCUUGGAGUUGAGUCCAGUUCCUCUGACAGAGAGGGCUUCCUCGCUCAGUACAAGGUCUUGAAGACCAUUGGCCGUGGAGGCUAUGCCGAAGUAAAACUGGCAUACCACCGCCUCACAGGCACCCCAGUGGCUCUCAAAGUGCUUCGGAAAAGAAAGAUGUGGAGCUUCCCAAUCAUGUCUGAGGUAGAUAUCAUGAUGAUGAUCGACCACCCUAACAUCAUCUCACUUCUCCAAGUGAUUGAGACUGAGAAGAGAAUAUACCUCAUCAUGGAGCUGGCUGAGGGACAACAGCUUUAUAAAUACACCCGAAAGGCUGGCUACCUGUCGGAGGAUGAGGCCCGGAGGAUAUUCAAGCAAAUAAUAAGUGCUGUGAAUUACUGCCAUGAGCAUGGAAUAAUUCAUCGGGACCUGAAACCAGACAACAUCAUGGUGGAUGACAAUGGAAAUGUCAAAAUCAUAGACUUUGGCCUCGGCACCCAAGUCAAGCCAGGACAAAAGCUUAGCUUUCACUGUGGAACCUAUGCCUUUGGUGCACCUGAAAUCCUCCUUGGCAGACUUUAUGAUGGCCCCAAAGUUGACAUAUGGACCUUGGGAGUCAUUUUAUAUUUCAUGGUAGUUGGGAAUGUCCCAUUUAAUGGUCACACCAUAACAGAGCUACAAAGGAAGAUUGUGGCAGGGAAGUAUACUGUCCCCUCAGGCCUGUCAGAAGAACUCCAGGACCUGCUUAGCCUGUUGAUGACAGUCAAUCCCAAGCUUAGGCCAACAAUUGAUGAAGUGAUAAAGCACCCCUGGCUCAGGGAAGACAUGGAGGCUUUACCAAAUCACUGUGAUAAAAUGAUCCCCAGCUUGCCUGACCCUGCAAUUGUGAAAGCCAUGGAAUGUAUGGGGUUCCAAGCCCAGGAUAUCAAGGAUUCAUUACAUCAGAGGAAAUUCAAUCAAACCAUGGCAUCCUAUCUCUUACUUCAUGGGCAGGCUCUCCAGGAACAUGGCUGUACAACCCAGGCUCAGCCCAUAAAUCCAGGGGUGACACCAUUCCCUUCCCUUGAAGAUCCUGCUGCUUUCCCUCAAGAACUAAGGAGGAGGGCAAGUGAGCCGGCCCUUAGCACAUUACUCAGAGGACCAUCCACUAAUUGUCCUCAGACAGGUCAAAGGGGAGGCAGGCAUGCCACUGGGCUACUCCAGAGGACAUCCACACUGGACCCAGCCCAUCAACGUGCCAGGAGUGCUCCCAGCGUUUAUUCAGUGAGCAGCAGUGGUGAGAACACAGAACACAACUUAUGCUCACACAAAGCCACAGCAGAGGGCAAGUCUGUCCACAGCCGGGGCCAGUACAGAGGCUUGAAGGGAUGGUCAAGGAGAAUAGGAAAGGCCCUAAGGAGACUGUGUUGCUGCUUUCCAUCUGAGAAGAAACCUGGCCGAGGUCAGAACAGAGUCUCCCCUCAGAAAUGA